GUUAGCCAUCCGUACAGAAUUGUACGGCCUUUUACAGAAUUUAUAUAUUCGUUUAUUCGCAAUAUCUCGGACUAUUUAUGUCGGCCAUAGUUGCUAUAGGAGACAAACAGGAUAUCAAGAAAUAAAAGAUUACAGUAGGAGGAUUGGUAGAAACAACUAGAGGCUGGUAUCUUCUAGGGUUUCUUUUUUCAUCACUUUCCGGAUAAUUUUCAAGAAAUUGCUACAAUGUAGCUGUGGAUUUUAUUGAACCCAAAGUUUCAAAGAGUUGAUAAUGGUUAAAUGGUUGGAUAGUUGUUCAAGUCACUAACAAUUUGAAUGUAAAUGCUGACUUAGGAACUGAGGAACUUGCCUAAGGUUUGAUGUUUACCCUUUUUUAAGGGCUGGAAUAGUGUAUAGGAAAAUGAGAGAGAUGCAAAAUGGAAAUUCGCAAUCACUGUCGCAAGGGGGUAUGAGUGACAACAAUCAAAACGGGCUUGAUGAGGAGGCAGAUAAGAAGGUCACACCAUAUGAGAGGCUGUCACAAGAUCUCAGUAACGAUCCUAGAGUCCUGAAGGAGAUCACGCUCGGAAAAAGGAUUGGGUUUUAUAGAAUACGAGGGGAGCUCGGAAGUGGCAACUUUUCACAAGUCAAGAUGGGAAUUCAUGCUCUAACAAAAGAAAAAGUUGCCAUCAAGAUACUGGACAAGACGAAGUUAGACCAGAAAACACAAAAACUUUUGUCACGAGAAAUCUCGAGUAUGGAGAAACUUCAUCAUCCGAACGUGAUCCGGUUAUACGAGGUGGUAGAGACAUUAGCCAAAUUACAUAUUGUAAUGGAGUAUGCUGGGGGCGGAGAACUAUUCACUCGUAUCUCUAACGAGGGCAAACUUCCAGAACCCGAGGCUAGGCAUAUCUUCUCUCAAGUUGUUGCAGCCAUGGAACAUUUGCAUAGUCAACAUAUAAUACACAGGGAUUUGAAGGCAGAGAACGUGUUCUAUGCUGGCCAAAGGUUUGUUAAGGUUGGCGAUUUCGGAUUUAGUACAUACAGUAUGCCUGAUGCUCUCCUGAACACGUUUUGUGGGUCCCCUCCAUACGCUGCUCCGGAAUUGUUUAAAGACGAGAGUUAUAUAGGUGUGUUUGUAGACAUCUGGGCUAUGGGGAUCAUGCUGUAUUUCAUGGUAACGGGAAUUAUGCCAUUCAGAGCAGACACGGUCGCGAAGUUGAAAAAGUGCAUUUUAGACGGUAACUAUAUAAUUCCUUCCUAUGUGUCAGAUAGUUGUCAGUUUUUGAUACGUAGUAUUUUAAAAGCUGUACCACAAGAUAGGUUCACUAUUCAGGAAAUCAUUCAUUCAGAAUGGCUAGAAGGCCAGGAAUUUCCUACCCCUUUGGAACCAUACAGUAUGUGCCCAAGUCUUUCUGGUGCUAACAUAAGCGAGGAGGAACGAGAUGCUCGUAAAGUGUUACGUGACUUUGGCAUCACAGACGAUCAUUUUAGACAGAAUCAUAACAGAGACUCUCGGUCUAGUGUAACUGGAACGUAUAGAAUAGUGCUUCAUAAAAUACACAAGAGACGUUUAGGAAUUACGGAAAAUAGUUCAUCGGAGAAUUUACAAGAAAUUGCGCGCAUGGCACGCUCUAAGGAGAAUCACCCGUCAGCAGUGACAAAACAGCAGUCAUCCAAGUUCUGUACAAUAUUGUGAUGCAUAAUUUUUACCUGUGAUAGUAUUAUUUGUUUUGAAUUGUUAUUUGUUAUUGUUGGUAUUGUUUUGAUUUAUCUAACUGUUUAUUUGAACACUAUUUCAAGUAGCAGGGACACUUACAUGGAACAAAUUGAAUGCCGUAUUUUUAGAUGAAAAUUACACAAUUUUAUUCUGCACUAGAGUUAUAUAUUUUUGGAUUAAAGAAUAAAUUAUUUAAGAAAUGUGAA